GUUUGAUGCCCAACUGCCUUGCCCAGUGACGUUAUUUCAUAUCUAACCGGGUUAUUGCCUGAGAAUCCCUGCUUUGCGAGUCGGGUUGCUGGGAUAUAAUUCUCUAACUUUUGGUAGUUACCUGGUGAGUCCAGCUCAACCUCGCUGCACACGACCAGCCUGUCAGGCAGCAACAGAACAAGCAGAAGACGAAGCUGAAGAGGCAACAGAGUAUUAGAUCAAGGCCAGACUCCAGAUAACUAUUAGCUAUUGUCAAAACCGGCGUCGUAGUGAGUCCUGCCUACGUACGGAGUACUUUGGGGGGAGAAAAAGACCAGAAUCCUAGUAUUACAUCACAUGCUCCGAAACAUCGACCUCUGGGAUGUUUUUUUUUUUUUUCUUUGCUUUUCUUGCUUCACUUCUAACGACCAACAUACACACAAGAAACAGCAGACAGACAACCAACGACCGGAACAGCCGCUUCUUGCAUCGAGAACUGUUGCUGGCCUCUGGCUAUUAUCGAAGCUGCCUAUUGCUAAACUCCUGGCUGGUGAUUUACACAGCUUGACGAACAGGUCGCAGGCCUACGCAAUCUAUACAAAAUGGCCACCACCAACGGGGCUCACCACCCGCACUCGAACGGAACGACUAAGCCUACUUCCAAUGGCACCCCUUCCUCCCCUUCUCCUCUUCCGCAGGCGUCCCAGCCUUUGACUCAUUAUCACUCAAAAUUAUACAGCCUCUUGAGCUGGGAACGGCCAAGCGCAACCGCUAGCUCCUUUGCUACCGUUGUCCUCUUUAUAGUUGCAAGCAGGUAUCUGCCUCUUAUCAGAUGGACAUUGAAGUUCCUCUAUCUCGCUCUAGGAGUAACUGCUUCGGCUGAGAUUGGUGGCCAUUUUCUGUUCUCCCGUGGGCUUACCAGUUCCUCGCGUCCUCGGAAGUACUACACCAUUCCUAAGGACACCAUGGACAGCUUCUUGGAGGACCUUGAGAACUUGGUCGAAUUCUUCCUCAUCGAAUUCCAGCGGAUCCUCUUCGUUGAAAACCUCAGCUACACUGUUUCCGCAUUCGUUACCGCCUUGGUUUCAUACUGGCUGGUAAUGUUUCUACCCCUGUGGGGCCUGGCUUUGAUUGCUACCUGCGUCGCCUACUUGGCCCCGCUGGUUUAUAUCACCAACAAGGAAUUUAUCGACAGUCAGCUUGGAAAUGCACAGGAAAUUAUGGCCAACCAAGCUUCCCAUGUAAAAGAGAUGGCUGAAACUCAAACCGCACAAGCCACCCACAUUGUCAAGCAGUAUGUCGGAGAGUAUCGAGCCAAGGCCAACGGUUACAUUGGAUCCGCCAAUGGUGCAGUUUCAAACGUCACUGCACCUAAGGCUGAGCCUGAGCCCACCCCUAAGGCCGCCCAGGAACCUUCCCAGGAACCAGCUCAGGCACCAGCUCAGAAGACCGUCGAGGAGAUCGUCGAGGAAAAUUUCCGCCAAUCUUCUGCUCCUGAAGCUGCUCUCGAAUCUCUCCCAGAUAUCCCAAAGACAGAGGAACUCCCUGAUCUGCAACAAGUCGCCCAUGCAGAUUUCCCCGAGGCCCCUACUGGCGAACCUUCUGGUGAAGUAAAGGAAGCCGACAAGGUACCCGAAUUGGUCCAGAUCUCCUAAGCCAAGGUCUUUCCCUUCUUAUGUUUCUCAACAGGCUGUGCCUUAGCGAAACGCCGUCUGCCGUGACAGAUUUACCCUAUCUUACUAGCCGCAUCGGCUAGACUACUAUAAAAAGUCCUUCCAUUACAUUCUACCUUUUUACACCCUUGCUCCUUGUGUUUGGACUGGCUGGUUACUCUACCUAACUAUUGGACCGAUCCCUGAGCAACCAACUCUAUUCAUUACCCACUUUAAUUUUCACCUUGUCAAACAUUACCCACUUCUACCUCUGCUUCCCUAAGUGUUUAAGUAUUUGUUUCCUUUACUUCGUUCAUUUUCUAGUUCUUCUUUGUUCUCCCAUUGCCAAAAUUCCAUUUCAUAUUGAUUCUCUCCCUCUACAAGUUGUCAAAACUGAACCUCUGCCUUUUCUUUUUUUCUGUUUACUUUCUUGUACUAACUUAUCUUCAAUUUUCUUCUUAACCCAAAUUAUUAAUGAGUGAGUAUAGUUAGUUAAAAGUAUGUGGGUGAAAUGAAUCAAAAUCCUUCUUAACUACCCCAGAAGUAAAUUCUGUAGACUUGAGUAAAUGAUUCUAUUUUGAAGGUGAACUUCAUUAAUGAUUAUCUACAAGAACCCAAAGGCAUAGUUACCCAGUACUGCAAUAUGGAUUAGAAGAGGAUAGUUAUUUUGAUGGAAAGCGAAGUGACAAAAUAUGAACCAAAUAAUUAGUUGAAUAAAAUGACGAGUCCAAAUUAUGGGCAAACAAUCGAUCUCAUGGAAGAAGAUACGCCCGCCCUCCACCAUUUAAAUUUU